AUGCUUUUAAAAUCAUUUGCUAGGUCACUAGCAACAGCUGCUACUGUAAACUCACCAAAGUUACAAGAUAUAGUAGUAAUAGGCGGAGGACCGGCUGGAUUAUCCUUAUUAGCAGCUUUGAAAAAUUCUCAUAAGACGAAACAUUUAAAAUGUACAUUAGUCGAAGGAUCAAGUUUAGAACUUGUUCGUGAUUUUGGAAUAAACCCACCGGAUGAAUAUACGAAUAGAGUUGUUUCAUUGACCCCUAAAUCAAUAGAAUUCAUGCAAGAAAAAAUUGGAAAUUGGGAUUAUAUAGACCAGGACAGAAUUAAAUUCUUCGAUAAUAUUGUUGCUUAUGAUUCCCAAGAUAAGGAUUCUCGUAUAAGAUUUGAUGCUAGUACAGUGGGUGUUGGGGUAUUGGCAGCGAUGUGUGAAAACUUGAAUAUCCAAAGUUCGUUGAUAUCGAAGAUUGACGACUUAAAUAGCAAUAUUAAAGAUCCAAGUAUUGAGCAAGAAGCAAUUAUAUUAGACAAUACGAAAGUUGUCGAAAUCAUUAACCCAAAGGAAAUAAAUACACAGGAGCUAUUGGAAAACGACCCUGAGGCAGGUGUUCCAGAAAUUGACUGGCCAAUUGUUAAGCUUUCGAAUGGAGAUGUUCUACAAACAAGGUUAUUAGUGGGAGCAGAUGGUUUUAAUUCUCCUGUUCGUAAAUUCUCGCAUAUCCCAUCUAGAGGAUGGUCUUAUAAUAGAUUUGGUCUUGUGGCCACUAUAAAACAUCAAUUUGAGGAUUAUCGCUCAAUGGCAUGGCAAAGGUUUCUUACAACUGGUCCACUUGCUAUUUUGCCAUUAACUGAAGAUAACGCUACCAUUGUUUGGUCUACCACGCCUGAAUUGUCUGAAUUAUUUAUGAAGGUUGAUGAGGAGAUUUUUCCACAUUUAAUUAACGCAGCCAUGACAUUGUCGGAAGUUGACUUGAAUUACAUCUAUGAACAAUUAAAGAAGGAUCCAAAUGACAAGUCAGUUCUUGAGGACAUAGACUGGCGUAUGUCCAAAAUAAAGCUCUCUAUUUUGGAAGAAAAAUAUCCGUUACAAGUUACUACAGUGUUGGAGAACUCUAGAGCUAGAUUUCCUUUGAAAUUAUCUCAUGCCGAUACAUAUGCAAUCCCCCGUAUUGCAUUGAUUGGAGAUGCUGCCCACACCGUUCAUCCAUUAGCAGGACAGGGCUUGAACAUGGGUCAAUCAGAUGUUGCACAUUUAAUCAAGGCUCUCGAAGAUGGAGUAAGUAGAGGCCUCGAUAUUGGCUCAACAUUAGUCUUAGAGAAUUAUACUGCUAAUGCAUGGCCAGCUAACCAUGUAUUAAUGGGUGUUUGUGAUAAAUUGCAUAAAAUUUUUUCGACUGAUUGGUUCCCAAUUGUCUUCCUUAGAGGUUUUGGUAUGAAAUCGUUAAAUAUAAUCGAUACUGCCAAAGAUUUAAUGAUAAAGGCAAUCAGUGGUAGAUAG